CCCACAGAAUCUGAUGGAAGUCACAGAUUCGACUCUUGUACCGGAGCCGCCUGAUAAGGACGACUGCUUUAAGGUCAAACGUAGUCAAUGGUGUAGGAAAUACGUUUUGAUGGCUCUGAUUCCUGCCUCAGGAAAAACCUUCAAUGAUUAUAGUCCUUUUCGGGUCUGUAAAUUUAUAAAAGAAGUUUGACGGCGGGGCUGGGAUACACGUGCCAAUCUGGUCGGUGCUUAUACAGAACAGGAAAUGGAAGCUGGGAAUAGAGUCAGCGUCGGAUCGGGGACAACGCCGAGGACUGAAGGAUAUGAACGAAUUCCUUGUCCGACUUGCAAAAGGAAAUUUAUAGAGGAAAGCUACAACAAACACAUAGACAUAUGCAAAAAUCACGCAAAGAGAGCGUCCGAGAGGACUUCGUUCGACUCGUCAAAACAGCGAUUAAGCCAACUGCUGGAUGAGGUCAAGCUCUCAAAUCAGACCCUGCCGCCAAGGCUGUACAAUGUUAAGUGGAGACAAGAGCACAGUCUUUGGAUGAGCAGCAGGAACGGCCUACUGAAGAAGAAACCGGCAGGACACUCGGCCGCCGCUGAAGCCCGAGCCGACAGCAGUGGAGGUACUCUCUGCAUGGGCUGUGAACGUAUGGUUUACGGGAACGAUGCCAAUGACCACAUAGCAUUUUGCGUCGAAAAAAAUAAGCGUAAAUGAAAUAAAGCAUUGUGUACGCAAAAAUGA